AUUCACCAAAAAUCUGUCACCUGACAAGAUCAACCUGAGCACUUUAAAGGGGGAAGGCCAGCUGACCAAUUUAGAGCUGGAUCAAGAGGUACUUCAGAACAUGCUGGAUCUUCCAACAUGGCUUGCUAUAAACAAGGUCUUUUGCAAUAAAGCAUCCAUUAGGAUACCAUGGACAAAAUUGAAAACACAUCCCAUCUCUUUGUCCUUGGAUAAAGUUGUAAUGGAAAUGAGCACAUGUGAAGAGCCACGUGCCCCUAAUGGACCCUCUCCUAUAGCAACUGCAUCCGGACAGAGUGAAUAUGGCUUUGCUGAAAAAGUGGUAGAAGGCAUUUCGGUUUCUGUGAACUCCAUUGUAAUAAGGAUUGGUGCAAAAGCCUUUAAUGCUUCAUUUGAACUUUCCCAGCUGAGAAUAUAUAGUGUAAAUGCAAACUGGGAACAUGCUGACCUCAGAUUUACCAGAAUACAAGAAGCUCAACGUGGAGAGGUUUUGACUUUUAAAGAAAUCAACUGGCAGAUGAUCAGAAUAGAAGCAGACGCAAUCCAGAGCGCUAAGCAUGAAAUCAUGAGUGCUCCAGUUCGACUGAUUACCAACCAGUCAAAAAUUAGAGUUACACUUAAAAGAAGGUUAAAGGAUUGUAAUGUAGUGGCAUCAAAACUGAUUCUGAUUCUGGAUGAUUUGCUGUGGGUUUUGACUGAUUCCCAGUUGAAAGCCAUGGUGCAGUAUGCCAAAUCUCUUAGUGAAGCCAUAGAGAAAUCAACAGAACAGAGAAAAAGCUUGGCUUCUGAGACAGCACAGAGCUCUGCCCCUGCACCCAGCUCUCAGCAGGUGAAAGCGCACCAGACAACAGCAGCACCUGAUCAAAACGACGCAAUAGUAAAGUUGUUUAAUGAUUUUGAUGUUAAGGAGACUUCUCAUCACUUAGUAAUUUCCCAUUUGGACCUACAUAUAUGUGAUGAUAUCCAUUCUAAAGAAAAAGAUUCAAAUAGACGUGUUACAGGAGGGGCCAUGCAGCUUUCCUUCAGCUAUUUAACAGUGGACUAUUAUCCGUUUCACAAAGCAGGAGACAGCUGCAAUCACUGGAUGCAUUAUAGUGAUGCCACUAAAACCAGAAGUGGAUGGGCCAAAGAAUUAUUAAAUGAAUUCAAAAGCAAUGUUGAAUUGCUUAAGCAGGCUGUGAAGGACCAGGUUAUAGAGUCUCCUCCCAAAUCACCACCUGCUGUAUCUCCUCAGAACCUACAAACAGGCAAGGAACAGAUACCGAAAGGAACAUCUAGGGCUUCCUCUGUAUCUUCCCAACAACCAAAGGGCAAACUGAUGUCUAGUCCUAUUGUGGUUAGACUUGCAGAUUUCAAUAUAUAUCAG